AUGGGUGGAGUUUACCGCGAGGAUCUUGCGCAUUCCCGUCGGCAAGCCAACCGCUUCUAUUUGGUGUCACAGGACGGUGAAGACCUAGAGCUCCUUCGCCAGAGGGCGCGGAGCCUACGAGCGCUCGGGCUGGAGCCCCCGCGUGCUCAUCACUUCACGCGCCUGGCGCGUCAAGGUCAGAAUCCCCACAGCCCCAGCAGUCUCUUGAGCUUGCCUCCAUCGCGCGGAUCUUCUCGAAGCAUGACGAGCGGCAGUGCCGUGGAAGGCGGUGACACAUCCAACACAAACCACCCCAAGGAGGGCAGAUCCGAGGACUCCGUGGACAACUCCAUGGCCGGGCAUGGGAGCCUUUGA